AUGGUUUAUGUGGAUGUAAAAUCCAUCACCAAGCCUGUGGGGAUCAUGCGAAUAAUGGUGACCAUCCUCACCUGUAUGUGUUUUUGUUUGGUGGCAGCAGUGGGACAUAAUAAAUCUCCAUAUUGGGCAUGGUGCAUGUUCACUUGGUGCUUCUGCUUCCUGGUCACACUUCUUAUUCUAAUCCUGGAGUUCGCCAUGGUCAACACAAAAUUGCCUUUCGCCUGGGAUGACUUCACCGCUGCCUUUGCUAUACUGGCGAGCCUACUGUGCCUGUCAGCUUCCAUCAUCUACCCUAUCUUUUUCACCUGCAACACCUGCCACCGGCAGAUUGGAGCGUCUGUGGUAUCCUGGGUUUGUUUUGCUGGGUACGUUGCUGAGGUGGUCUUAACACGCCUUCAACCAAGUGGGGAGACCAGAGGGUUCCUCUCUACGAUUCCUGGCAUAAUGAAGAUGUUGGAGAUCUUCCUGGCCUGUCUUAUUUUCAUGUCCCUGGAAAGCGGGCAGUACUCAGGCUCCUCACCGCUGCAGUGGUGUGUUGCUGUGUACUCAUUGUGUUUCAUAUUUGCCAUCCUCAUAAUUAUACUCACCCUUGGACAACUGACUUCUUUUUUUCCGUUCUCCUUUGAAAUAGUGGCAAUCGUCUAUAAUGUUGUGGCAACAGUGAUGUACUUAACAGCUAUGGUGAUUUGGCCAUUGUAUACUUUCCAAAACAAUAAGCGACCAUCUAACUGUGGCUCCCUCUGUGCCUGGGAUAAACUGGUGGUGGUCACCCUCAUGACAAUCUUCAACUUUCUUGUUUACACCUUGGACACAAUUUAUUCCAUACUACUUGUGUUCUUUUUCAGUAGUGAAUGA